AUGGCAGCUCUGGCGGAUAUUGCAGGGAAUGGGUGGACUUAUUUUCAAGUGUGGUGUGUAGGAAUAACAUCUGUCAUACUCAUUUGGUGUUUGCGUUCUGGGAUGCGACUGAGAUUUAGAGGGGCGCCAGUGUGGCCGCUUCCCUCGAUGCUUUUCCAAUUGGACCAUCUUUACGAUUGUCCAACUCAUCUGCUUAUCGUCAACGGAGGAACACUCAGACUUCCAGGCCCUUGGAAAUGCCGGAUCUUAACGGCCGACCUUGCAAACAUAGAUUACCUGCUGAAAACGAGGUACCACAAUUUCGGCAAAGGUGACAUUUUCAAAGACUCGCUUCGUGACAUGUUCGGCAAUUCAAUUUUGGUUCAAGAUGGGGAGGCUUUUAAGCGUGUUGGUAUCUCUAUCGGCAAGGCGCUCUCAUCGCCCGCUUUCCGCGACCGUGUGACGGCGGCCCUGCCCUCCGUGAUGCAGCAAAAACUUGUUCCUGUCUUCACCCACGCCUGUGAAAAUGCCGCCAUUAUCGACCUGAAAGACGUUUUCCACCGGCUGGCUUGUUAUAACUUCUUUAACGUUUUGUCUGAGCGCCGGUUUCUCAAGGCUAGAAACUUUGUCUAUGACUUUGUUGUCCAAGAAUGGCAUUCUCGCGGGCUCUUUAACAAGGAGGACUCUGCAGUGGCGGACAUCGCAUUUACCUUCCUCCGCUACGAGAGAGAAUGCGGGCGGGUUUACUCCGAAAAAAGAAGGCAAGAGUUACUUGUGAACCUCAUUUUCGCGGGUAAGGAUACCGCUACGACGGGACUCACCUGGUUCUUCUGGCUGCUAACGAAGCAUCCCCAACUUGUUGAAGCUGAGAUUUUAGCGGAGCUCCAAGAGAUCGUGAAGCAGAGAAAGAGUCCGGACGAUCAGGAUUCGUUUGGUUUUAGCUUUGAAGAAAAAAAGCGGAUGGAAUACCUUCACGCAGCAGUGACUGAGGCUCUCCGCUUCCACCUACCUGUUCCCUUUGAGAUCACGGUUUCCAAGGAAGACGAUGUUCUACCGGACGGCACACCUGUGAAGAAGGGCGCGCAAGUUUUGUACUCGAUUUACUCGUCUGGCAGGCUGGAGAAUGUUUGGGGGGUGAGGACUGCCUGGAAUUCAAACCAGAAAGGUGGAUGA